CACCAUCACACGUACCACAAGAAUCACUCCAUCGAAAGCAAUGUCAUACCGGUGUCCAAACCCAACGUCGACCCCAAUAACGAGAAUAACAAUAUCAUCGAUAAGAGCAAUGAUAUCUUCACGUUUGAUCUCUACAAGCAGUCACACAACGUGCGUGACUCACGAAUGCUGGCCCAACACCAGGACCACCACAUCGUCAACAGUAAUCCACUCAAUAGCAACGCAAGUGUGGGGAAAGCCGUUUCAGACCAAUACUGGAAUCAAGUCUUCUCGACGAUUCUGUUCGUCAUCAGUGGACUCAUAUUCUGUGUGAUAGCACUCCUGUGGUUCACGACAACGCCGUCCCGCUAUUCAGCCGCGAGUGAUGUCCAGAAUAAUAGGGAAAUCAAGUCAUACGUAUCGAUGGCCACGGCGUCCACAGCUGACCCCAAACUCAACCAAAACAAAGCGAUACUUAGUGUCAACGGAUCUCCCAUUGCUUUAGUAUCCAUCGAUUCAUUGACCGGCGAGUCGUUUGCGUAA